UUUAUGCUUCACUUCUUGUCUUGGAAAUAAAAUUCUUUAUGUCUUCAUAUCAUAACAUCCCUGUUUCAAAAUCUUGAUCUCCCUACAAAACAAGAAAAUAAAUCUUGAUCUCACUUUCCUUCAUAUUACAGCUCAGGUCUCGGCCAUUGUUUAUAGGUUUUGAGUAAAUUCAAGAUGUCUGGAACCAAUGAUGGAAACCCAAUGCCCUCAAAGGAGCAGGAGGAAGCUGUGAUCAAGAAAAAGUAUGGAGGUUUGUUACCAAAGAAAAACCCAUUAAUAUCAAAGGACCAUGACCGGGCUUUCUUCGAUUCUGCUGAUUGGGCACUAGGAAAGCAAGGAUCACAGAAAGCCAAAGGACCAUUAGAGGCACUCCGCCCCAAAUUGCAGCCAACACAGCAGCAAUCCCGUGCAAGACGCUCAGCUUAUGCCCCUGCAGGUGAAGGAGAAGCGGAUGGUGGUAAUGUGGACAUGGAUAAUGACGAAAAAGAUCCUUCAAAAGAUCAAGACGAGCCUAUGUAAACAGCACAUCAUUUCAAGGAUUUGAUCCUAUGAUGUGUAACAUUAUAUGUACUUUUGAAACCUUAGUUCUGGCCAACGAUGCCAUAAACCUUAUUGUGUAUCUUUGAGAGUUUUACUAUCAGCCAAUAAUAAACCACCUACAUUUCUUGUUUA